AUGCCGCCGGCCACCGUGUAUACCAACAUGGCCAACUCAGCUGAUGUUGAAGGUGGUGGUGUGUUCGCUAACCUCAAGUUCUUUGUUGUGCAGCGAGUGCCGUCACGAUCACAUUACAUCUCGCUGGUCGAGAUUAAUGGCGGCAGAAUCGUCAAACUCGAGGCUCAGGCCGACUACUUGAUUGCCGACCACUUGCGACACGAUGCGCCCGCUGGUUCUCUGAGCUACAAAUUCAUCGAAGAGACCGUCAAGCAAGGACAAAUCCCCGAAGACGACUCUCCUUUCCUCGCCGGCCGCCGUAAAUCCGCCAUGCCCGUCACCACUGCUGUCGCUUCAUCUUCCAAGAAAUCAACGAGAACCCCCUUCACCGACGACGAUGACAAGAUGCUGUAUAAAUGGGUCCACAGGGCUCAUGAGCAACGUCUCGCUACCCAAGGCAACACCCUCUAUCAAGUACUCGCUGCCCACAACCCGAGACACACCUUCCAUUCCUGGCGCGACCGUUAUGUCAAAGUCCUGUCCACAAGACCUCCUCCUGGAUGGGAAGCAUAUCCUGACGACAAUUUACCCACCUUCGAUACGCCAACCGCCGAGAUCCCCUCCACUGCCCUCCCUCGUUCUACUGCUAUCAACACAUCUGCUCCCCGCUCAGCCUCGGCGACAAAAUCUCCCUCCAAAGCCCGUUUAUACAAUCCCUUCACCCACGAAGAUGAUCAAGAGUUGGCAGCCUGGGUCACGAAAAAGGGUAAACUUGGAGCUUCACUCAAUGGUAACGCCAUAUAUAAGGAGUUGGAAGAAAGAAACCCACGUCAUACAUAUCACUCUUGGAGAGACCGCUGGGUCAGGCACCUCUCGCUCAGAGAUCCAGUAGACGAAGAGCAAGAAGAAGGUCUUGAUGAUGCUGCCCCUGUUGAGGAUGAUCACAUCUCUACUCGUCAGGAUCCCUCACCUGAACCACCAAUCAGCAGGCCCCCAGUGAAGCGUCCAACUUUCAGAGUUCCACCAGGAGCAUCAGCAUCUGCAGAGAGUUUCAAGAACACCACCCCUCGAACACAUGUCCCACGAACAACUGCGAGUACCAAAAAAGCAGUGAAAAGCACACCUGCAGCUGCUGCCCCACCUCCUUCCGCCGCUCGCGAACAGCUUGUUGCAGCAGCAGCUCCUCUACCAACUGCAUCUACAUCGCGCCCAGCUGUGACUCCAAAGAAUCAGGCCAACACUCCAAUGGCGAGAACUGGUAACUUGAGCUCGCCUGUCAUGUCGCAACAACCACAACCACAACAGGCACUUGCACAAGCUUCUUGUCCACCAAUACGUCACCGAGCAAUACAAACAGACCUUGGUACUCAGUUUCAUGACGACUCGACUUUCACAGAGAAAGAUUUCAAAGACUUACUGAGUGUGGCUUUUGACAUACAGAGUGUUCGUGUAGGGCGCUAUCAGGAGUCUUGGAUUACUUGGGCAAACCAUAACAAGUCUCACACUGCUGUCGAAUGGCGCUCUUUCUACGAAAAGCGUGUUUUGCCUGUUGCCUUGCAGAGAGAGGAUGAUCUUGAACAUCUCAAAGAGCAAGGCGACAUCGGAUGGGUUGAAUUUUGGGAGAAUCAGGGUCAACCGAUCACAACUUUGCCAUACCUUGAGCAAAAUACCACUUCCGAGACGCGACCAGCUCCACCAAAAGCAAUUGGAGCCAAAGGAGAGUCAUUACCUCACGCCUCAGAAACACAGUCGACGGAACAGGACCAAGAAAUGGAAGAUACAGUGAAUCAUUCUGCCAAACGAAAACAGCAGAUUUCUGUCAAUCUCGCGGAAGAACAACCAACCCCAAAACUUCGACGUACAGCAACACCGCCGUCUGCACCAAGCAAGAUCCUCACUCCAUCUCACACUGUUCAGCAGCCCGAAGAUGAUGAUAUGGUCAGCAUUUCCAGCAAAAGGACACCAACACCAAGCUAUCAUUCUGAUGAAGAAGGAGAAAUCUCUGAAGAUCAGGCGGCCGAACAGUUACGACGUGAGAUGGCGGAAAAUAAGGACAGCCGUCAUCAACUAACAAGAGCAAAUCUUGCUCGCAUCCAAGCAGAAAAUGGGUUGCCAGACGAACAUCGAGGUGUAGACAUAGAGGAAGAUGACAAAGACGAUGAUCAAGCCGAUUUCGCUAAAUACCUUGCAAGCAUGUUACCACCAGGCAUGGCAGACAAGUCAGUGGAAACUGUUGAAACGAAUGAACGUCGAAAUGAGCAAGACGAGGAGGACGAGGACGACGAGGAUACCGUCAUGAACAACUACCAACACGAAGGCGAGCACGAGAUUGAUCCAAACCUCGACGACCCAUGUUACUAUUCCUCAGCCGAGUUUCAAGCCAAUAAUCCAAAUAUCCGCCUCGAUGCCCCCACCACUCAGCCUUGGGAAAUCUCUUCAGCACCCUCCCAAUCCCAGCCACAACCUCAAAGACUAUCCACCCAAGCAAUCUACGAAGCCGAGACCCAACAAUUUGAUAUCGACGUCCCAUUACCACCGCCAGAAUUCGCAGAAGAAACACAAUCCUAUGCUGCAGCACAAUCAGACUCGCAAAUCCUCAGCACGGAAGAGUUCUGGCCUUGGAUUGAUGCCCAAACUGCUGCUGGUCACGCCGAAGAAGACGUAAUCGCAGCCCUGCGCCAAACAUCGUUUAAUCCUAAACUAGCCUCUAUCGUGCUAAAAGCAGAAGGCGAGGUGGAUAUUCCAGGCGUAUGGACAGCAGAGGAAGACCGCAUCGUGGAAGGCAGUGACGCAAACGCAAUCAGAAGACUAGAAGCUAAGCAUGGCAAAGGUAGCGUGAGCAAUCGCUGGCAAUUCCUAGACGAUUGGAGAAAGGAUGAGGAGAUUGCGAAGAACGGCGGUGGUGAGGAGCUGUAG